AUGGGUGAAAAGCUGGUGUUUCGCGCACAAGAGCAUGACCUAUCAUGCGAUCAGCACCUCUUUAUCGUCACCAUUCACAUGAUUCCAGCCGCUUUGCGUCGAUCGAAUCCCACUCUAUCUGCAACACCAACUCUCGCCACUGCAACAGCAGCAAAGGCUUACAUGGCGACCGCACAGAGCGACGUGACCCCUCAUUCAGCAUCAUCAGCGCCAAAACCAGUCACAACUUCUGCGAUAUCAUCAUCAUCACCAUCGUCGUCAUCCUUGACAGCAUCAUCAACAGGGUCCCAUGGCCGAUCUCGUCGGCACGAGCGUCAGAUAACCCCCUCUUUAGCACGCCCGAAUGCCACCAAAAAGAGUGCCAAGAACAAACGAGCAGCCCGUUCCCAAGCUACCAAAGUUCCCGUCUCCGAACAACCGGCGACACACACAAAAACCCGUCAGGGUAAACGCAAGGCCUCAAGUGCGAAGCGUAAGUUAUUCUUUUGCAUUUUGGACGGCUCUUCAUCCCGGUGUCUCAUGUCUCCAGUUCCCACUCUUCAAUCAGCUCACCUGCUCUGUCCACACUGGCUGAUCCUCAGCUAA